GUGGAAGAGCCUUCUCCAGGCCCCGCGGUGCGUUUGGCUGAGAGGCGGCUGAGACACCGGCUGGAGACAGGGAGCGAAGGCUUCUGGUUGGAACCUCGGUGCUGGGACGGUGGACUCGGUGCAGCUCUCUGGACGGUGGGGUCCAGGCUGAUGGCUGAUGAUGUCAGGGACUAACAACGUUGCCCAGGCCCGGAAGCUGGUGGAGCAGCUGCGCAUUGAAGCCGGGAUCGAGCGCAUCAAGGUCUCCAAAGCCUCGUCAGAACUGAUGAAUUACUGCGAGCAGCAUGCCAGGAGCGACCCCUUGCUGGUCGGCGUGCCAGCCUCUGAGAACCCGUUCAAAGACAAAAAGCCCUGCAUAAUUCUCUAGCACUCUCUCUCUUUCUCUCUCUUGCUCUCUCUCUCUGCCCUUCCUGCCCUCCCACGUAUUGUCCAGUUUUUACUAUGAGAAAAAUAUCUGAGUUUCUCACACUUUGAUUUCUGAAGAAACAGAAACUAACUGAAGCAGAUCCUCCUGAAUAAGGUGGCGUUUGCGACCCCUCCGUGGGCCUCUGCCCGCCCAGAUGUUAGCAGCCCCCACCCCCUCGUGUCAAGCACCCCUGGGAACCUGAGUGAUGGGACUGUUAUAAAACUCCCCUUAGCUGGCACUGGGGACAUGGCUCAGCCGGUGAGAUGCAUGUCUUACCAGCACGAGGACCUGAGUUCUGAUCCCACACACAAAGCCCAGGUGCAGGGGGGCAUGCCUACGCCCCAGCCCUGGGGGACAGAAGGAAAGAUCCCUAGGGCACUGAACCCCAGUGAGGGACCCUGCCUCAGAACUAGAGGAAUAUAGCCAGCAUUGACCUGUUACUCCACCUGACACACAAGGCACCCUGUGCUGCCCGUGUCCCUCCUGAGUGAGGUCCUGUCAUAUCCGCGGUGAUGUCCUUUCUCUGGGGACCCAGCCCCUUUCAGAAACAGACUUCCAGGUCCCCACACAGAGCGAGCAGUUGCUGGUAUGACUGAGUGGGUGAUUUGUUUUCUCCUAAGCCUGAGACCCAUGUGGUCACUGGCAGCUCCUUCCCCAUUUUCCCGUUACCAAGGCCCUGUGAGGGCAGAAACGCAGGGUUAAUUCUUUUGAAGUGAUUGAGAAAGAGCCACAGAGAUGGGGUCCUGCAUCCCACAUGGGGGUGGUGACUGUGACUCCGGAUCCCUCUUCCCCCUCCUUGGAUCAAAUCACUUUCCAACUGGCUGGAACAGGAGACCCUCAGUGUGAGGACUGUAGACUAGCUCUGCAUUCCACCCUCACUGAAAGAUCCUAGGCGGGGCUCCACCCUGGCCACGCCCCCAGUAAAUCACUGGCGAUUCUAGGCGGGGCUCUACCCUAACCACGCCCCCAGUCUAUUUAUUACUGGGGGAUUCUAGGCAGGGCUCCCUUGACCACACCCCUAGUGAAUCACUGGGAAUCACUGGGGUUUCUGGGCAGGGCUCCGCCUUGACCACAUCCCCAGCCCCCUCACUGGGGGAUUUUAGGCAAGAUCUCCACUUUCUAUUUUGUGAGAAUAGUCUGUCAUCCAGGCUGGCCCGGAACUGGAGAUCUUCCUGCCUCUGCCUCCAGAGUACAUGUAUGACUGGCCUCUGCUUCUUUGCCUGGCAUAGAGUUGGAUUCGAAGAGACCCGGCCUCUAUACAUAGCAGUGACAGUGGCAGGUUGCAGGAGGAAAAGGCUUGGCUGUGCCAACCCUUGCAGGUAUCCUCAGCAUUAGGAUAACCAUGGAUUCAGGAGUGUCCCGCGGUCUCAGGCCCUCGCGGGAAGACCAGUGCAGGCGCAGACAGCAGAAAUGAAGCCAGUGUGGUUCUGUCCUGUGGCCCUGGUGAAAAUCAGCUUCUAAGAACCUGAACCAGGCUGGUCCCUGGACAGUUGCCCAAGUUGCCCGUGGGGAAAGUAAAUGAGUCUUGCUCAGUCCACCUCACCUCCCAGCCCCUCCGGGCACAACCUACCUCCUAGGUAAGGUGGCACGGCCCCCAACUCAUUCUGAUGGGGCAUGGGAAAGACAUCCGUGGUGAGACUAAGGGGAGACAUUGCGGGUGCUAAAAGGGGACCCCGUCCCCCCUCCCUGGGCUGGCUCCCAGAGGACACAGACUGAAGGUCAGACCCCUCCUGUGCAUUGACUCCUCAUUACUGGUCAAGGAAGAUCAGGAGCUUUAGGAAGACCCUGACUCCCUAAACCUGUGUUGGGAUCAGAAAAGCCACUGUGUCUCCCCAAAACUAUAGCCACCUUGCAUUAGGGUGUGAACCAGAGCCCUGGGGUGCACGUAUCCAGCCUCACUGGCAAGGAGAGAGAAAAGCACAUUUUGGGAAUUGAGGCUGCAGCGUAGUGAGAACACUCACCUGGUAGCCAGAACCUCGCUCGGGCUUCCAUCCCCAGCUUGCCGAAGCCAGGCAUGGGCACACUGCAGAAGCAGAAGCAGAAGGAGCAGCUCGUUCUUUGCCACAUAAUGGACUCGGGACUAGCCUGGGCUACGUGAGACUCAGCUCAUUCUUCCAUUAUCCCCGCACCUCAGCCUCCCUCGGGUGAGGCUGCUAGCAGCAGAUGCCAUGGCCAGUCCAUGUGUGGUCACAGCGAGUUUUCCUUCCUCCACUCUGGGAAGAAAAGCUCAAAUUAUCAUCUAUGCCCGAAUAAACCUCCCACUGCAGGCCAAGGGCAAAGUGACCUCUUGCUUCCUGGGGAAAGGUGGACCUUGGGCCCCAGAGUAGUCUCCAUGUCCCGUCCUAACCACCAGAUCCCUGCCUCAGCUUGGAGAAGCCUGAACACAAGGGAGCCAUCAGGAGCCAGGCCUUUAGCCCCAGCACUCAGGAGGCAGAGGCAGGGGGAUCUCUGUGAGUUCAAGGCCAGCCGGAUCCACAGAGCGAGUUCUAGGUCACCCAGGGCUAUAGACACAGUCUAGAAAAAGGUAAAGACACAAACAGUGAGAUCUGCUUUAGCUUGGGCGACCGAGAAGGGACUUCCAACCCAAGCAGAAGUCGCCAAGCCAUCCCUUGUCCUGAGCAGAAGCCAUACGCACCCUCUCUGAGUGUCUGGGACACAAUGGCCAGAUAGGACAUCACACAGCAUUUCCUGUUUCCUGCACCCCACUCCAGGCCCUGGCUCCCACCCCACUUUCCAUCUGCAUUGUGACAUUGGUUGGUUUUCAUUUCUAAUUUUAAGAAAUUCUAUUGUGCCAUAGCCACUGUCCAUGUG